UUAUAUUCGACAUUUGCGCCUCUUUGUUUUCUUUACCAUGUGUGCCAGCAGGCUAUAAAACCCCUUUUUUUACCUCCUCAAUGACGGUCGACAGUGAGUCUCUAGCAGGCAAUGCUCAUUGACGCUCAAAAAAGUCCACGGGGAAGUUCCCUAGGAAAUCCCCCAAAGACUGAUCGGGCAUAUUAUUCUCGACACCACCGAUGCGCCAAAUCUUCAAAACAGUUGACCUGCUCGGUUCGUUUUCUAAAAGACACAGGAGCGAGAAGCAGAUGCGUCAAAUGCUGGAUUAUUAAAACACCAAUCUGUCUGUCAAAAUCUACUAAAAAGCCAAACAUGGAUAACGUCAGUAUAAACACGGAUAAUGACGCGCUGAAAGACAAACUGCGGAGCUACAGCACACUGAAUACUUUGUAUCAUGAGACGCGGCAGGAAAUCGACCUCCUCAACAAGCAGGUUUAUGUUAAAGACAAUAUAAUUGCAGAUUUAAAAGCGAGGCUGGGGAGGUAUGAGAAGAUCUACAUGACCGUGGGAGAUAACGAGUCUGUGGUCAUAGGGCCGUCCAAGUCUCUGCUGGAGAGUCUGUGUAAAGAAAUAUGCAAGCUGAAACAGAAGAGGAACGAUAUGGAGUUCAAGGCAUCUCGGCAAACAGAGGAGAUCCAGAGGCUGAACGUGCAGCUCCGGGAGAAGGAGCUGGAGCUGGAGAGCGUCAGGUGUCAGCCGGACCACGAGAAGGACCAGGAGAUCCACAGGCUGCGGGUGGCCCUGGAGGAGCGGGAGCGCUCCGAGGCCACCAGGGCCGUGCUCUGUACCUCCCUGGCCGAGGAGGCUGACCAGCUGCGCAGCCAGCUCGGAGCAACGGUGAAGGUGUGCCAGGAUCUGCUGGCCAGGCUGGAGAAAGACAAAAAAGGAGGGGAAGUGGAGGAGGUGGCUCAGCAGCAAAACUCUAAGGAGAUGACAGAUUCCUCUGAAAUGAGUGGUGUAAAUGCCCAAAUCUGUCAACUUCAGGAGGAAAAUCAACAGCUAAAGCAGCGAGUGGCAUAUGUACAAAGUCUGAAUUCUCAGUGGCAGAAGUACGACUCCAGCAGGGAGGACUAUAUCAGGGGUUUGUGUCAGAGGCUGAAGGAGACCUCUGGGCAGGGCUUGAUGCCUGGGCUGGGCUCUAUAAACACGGGGUUGCUGCAUCAGGAGAUCUCCAGGCUCAACGGCUUACUGGAGGACAAGAUGAUAGAGUGUGCACGUCUGGGUAGAGAAGUGGAGGAGAUAAGGAGGCACGAUAAAGAGCGCAUCCAGACUCUGGAGCAGCAGGUCCUCAUCUAUGCCGAUGACUUUAAGUCGGAGCGUGCAGACAGAGAGCGAGCACAGGGUCAGAUCCUGGACCUGAGGGAGCAGAUGCAUCAGUUAAAACAGCAGCUACACAAACAGCAGGGAGCCAGCAGCAGAGAGAGCAGAGAAGUGGUCCCCAUGUGUCGUGUGCACAUAGGACACAGGAUCAGCUCAAGGCGACAAAGGGACUCCUCAGAGCCUCUGUUGAGGGCCACUGUUGCUGAGUUGCAGCAACAGCCCGCAGCUGCAGCAGCAGCAACAACACCCAGCCCCCCAUGGAACGAAUGCCUGGGUCUGUCAGAGCUGCAGUGCCCACAGUGCCUCGCCACGUUCAGCGAAAGGGACGCUGCAGAGUACCUGAACCAUUGUGAAGAGUGCGCCAAACUAUAAACGGAACGACACUCAUUUUGGAAAAGACACUUGCUGACAGUAAGCGAACACUGAAGAGCAGCACUACACGACAGAAAAAAUAACGUAAGCGGAGUUUCCAAAUCGGAGACACUUGACUACAAAUGAAAGAACUGACUUGAGAUGUUUGUACAUAGUGAAGCAAAACUGUACAACCCAAAGUUCCCCUGUCGCAAGAGAAAUGAGUUCAUCAGUCUGCAUAGUUAAAUAUCCAGUGUCAGGUUCUUAGUGUUCUCCUGUGGCAAUACAGGAGAUUAUUGUGGGGGGAAAGUGGCUGCAAAUGCAAUAUAUCAAAUAUCAUAUACCUCAGUGUGUCAAAUUACAAACAUGUUGCACUUUUUUUGACAUUUAGCCAAAAACUGAAUCACAUGAUUAAGAGAUUCAUGACACAUAAGCUUCUUAUUUUGGAUAAUGUGGUGCUAUAAGUUGUUUAUUUUAUUUUUUUUGAUUGAACUUUACAUAUUUCUGUCCUGUAAAUUAUAUAUUCUUAAAAACAGAUUUAAAAUAUAUAACUAUUAUAUUAAUAUUUAUUCUCUUUGCAUAAAUAAUUGGAAAAGGCAGAGCAUUUUAAGUGUAAUGUUUUGUUGCCUUUUUCUUCCACCAAAGCCAUGAAAUGUUUUUUUUUUCCUGGUGAACUUUUGGGAUCAAAAAUGUUAAGUACAUCACAACUGGAAAAAAGAAAAAUGUUUUUAAUAUUUGUAACAGUGUAUGUAAAGGUUGCAUCCUAACUGACAAUAAUAUGCUUAUUUUUUGGAGAUCUUGUGCUGUUUUUCUUGAGCUGGCACAUUAUUUUUGUAAUAAAAGACUGUUUA